AUGAAUUUGCUGUUGGCAGGUUGGCCUGAGAAUCCCGGAGGCAGCUUCAGACAUUGUGGGGAGUCAGACCCACCCUCUCAGUCUGCAGCUGUGGCAGUCAGAGUGGUAGGACUGCAAAAUGUCCUUGGAGAGGUAGGAGGUGGGUUUAAGGUGGCCAUGGACAUCCUCAACAGUGGCCGGUUCAGUAUGGGCAGCACUGUGGCUGGGAUGCUCAAGAGAUUGAUUGAAAUGACUGCUAAGUACGCCUGCACAAGGAAACAGUUUAACAAGAGACUCAGCGAAUUUGGAUUGAUUCAGGAGAAGUUUGCACUUAUGGCUCAGAAGGCUUAUGCCAUGGAGAGUAUGACCUACCUCAUGGCAGGGAUGCUAGACCAACCAGGCUUUCCGGACUGCUCCAUCGAGGUGGCCAUGGUGAAGGUGUUCAGCUCUGAGGCUACUUGGCAGUGUGUGAAUGAGGCACUGCAGAUCUUCGGGGGCUUGGGCUCCAUGAGGGACUAUCCAUACAAGCGCAUACUGUGUGACACCCGCAUCCUCCUCAUCUUCAAGGGAACCAACGAGAUUCUCCGGAUGUACAUCGCCCUGACGGGUCUGCAGUAUGCUGGCCGCAUCAUAACCACCAGGAUCCAUGAGCUUAAACGGGCCACUGUGAGCAUAGUCAUGGAGAGUGUUGGCCGGAGGCUUUGAGACUUCAUGGGCAGAGCGGUGGACAUGGAGCUGACAGGCAAACUUGGAGUCGUGCACCCCAGUCUUGAGGAUAGUGCCAACAAGUUAGAGGAGAACACCUACUACUUUAGCUGGACCGUGGAGACGCUGCUGCUCCGCUUUGGCAAGACCAUCGGGGAGGAGCAGCUGGUGCUGAAGCGGGUGGCCAACAUUCUCAUCAACCUGUAUGGCAUGACGGCUGUGCUGUCGCAGGCCAGCCUCUCCAUCUGCAUCGGGCUCUGUAAGCAUGACCACGAGGUUCUCUUGGCCAGCACCUUCUGUGCAGAAGCUUACUUCCAGAAUCUCUUCAGCCUCUCUCAGCUGGACAAGUAUGCUCCAGAAAACCUAGAUGAGCAGAUUAAGAAGAUGUCCCGGCAGAUCCUUGAGAAACGAACCUACAUCUGUGCCCACCCUCUGGACAGGACAUACUGAGGCAGGGAAUAGUGUCCCCUGCCACCGCCUGCCCCCAGCUAUGGCCCGUUGCUGGAUGACUGUCACUACUUUUUCAGAAGGUGGAGAACUUGGGC